UCUACUCCAAAAUUGUACUACUACCAUCCUAGGUGGAAAACAAGUUAUAGCCUAUAGUGGGAGCAUUAACCCACUCUCUCAACUCUGUCCUCUCAUUUCUCUUCACCACAGCAAUAUUGGGACCUUAAGGUUAGCCUUGUCCUAAUUAUAGCCCUUCUUCAAUUUUGAUCCAUGGAGCCGUUUGGCCAUAGCAGUGAUGUCAUUCUUGAUCCAAGAAGGAAGAAGAAAUGGUUUGACAAGAAAAAAAGAGCUUGCUACAUGAUCUAUCCCAGGUCUAUGGUAAUCUUCUGGGGUGAAAGUGAAAAGUACUGGAGCUGGGAAUACUUUCAAGAAACAAGUGGGGACUAUUUCGAGAUAGCAAAACUCAAACAGGUAUGCUGGUUCGAAAUAGAAGGAAGACUGAACACUUCAGAGCUAUCUCCCACGGUUGAUUAUGAAGCUGUUUUUGUGAUCAAGUUAUCCCAGUGGGCACACGGGUGGGAGACACCCUUGAGGCUAAAACUCACCCUCCCCGGCGGAAAAGUACAACAACGUAGAGUUCCACUUUUGGAAGAGCCUCGAGGGGAGUGGAUUGAGAUCCGUAUCGGCAACUUCCAGAUUGAGAAGAAUGAAAGUAGUGGAGAUAUUGUUGGAAAUCUCAAGACUGCAAGUGGGUAUUGGAAGCAAGGAUUAACUCUUAAAUGUUUCAUCAUAAGACCUGUAACCUGAAAAUCCACAGACCAAAAGUGUAAACCGUAAGGGUAUCAUUAUUUCCGAAAGCAAUAAUUAGCUUUUCGUAAUUUCUGCU